UAUGGGUCAAAAUGAUUGAUUUUCCUUUUAUGCCAAAAAUCGUUGAAGAUCAUGUUCCAUGAAGAUAUUUUGUAAAUUCCUUACUGUAAAUAUAUCAAAACUUAAUUUUUGAUUAGUAAUAUGCAUUGCUAAGAACUUCAUUUGGACAACUUUAAAGGUGAUUUUCUCAAUAUUUUUUUGCACCCUCAGAUUUUCAAAUAGUUGUAUCUCGGCCAAAUAUUGUCCGAUCCUAACAAACCAUACAUCAAUGGAAAGCUUAUUUAUUCAGCUAUCAGAUGAUGUAUAAAGCUCAAUUUUGAAAAAUUGACCCUUAUGACUGGUUUUGUCUUCCAGGGUCUCUCUCUCACACACACACACACACAUACAUACAUAUACACAUAUAUAAAAUGUAAUUUUUACAAAGUUUUUGCUUUGUUUCAAGUCUUUUUAUCUGUUUUGAGCCUCGUUUUCAAUCAUGAAAAAUAAAUGUCGUUUGCCGCCCUCUAGCGUUAAAACGUUUCGUUGCCAUAGUAACAGUGUGUUUACUCUCUGGCAGAUUGUCAGCAGCAGUCGUGUUUUAUUGAGUUGCAGUACACAGGCAUUUAUAUUUGACAGAAAAAAAUGUCUCGGCUGAUGGGACCCCCUGAUAAGUUUCUGCCAUCUGAGUGGAAACAUGUAAACCAGAUGCAUUUCAGGAGCUCAGAGGCAGAACAAUCACUCUCACAGAGACUGACAGCAGAGUGUCAAAGACUCAUAGAGGAGAGUGACAAAUCUACCAAACACAUGCAACAGGAUGCACAAAAGAAGCUGGAGCAGAGAAUCCAGGACAUCAGAUUCUGGAGGCAGGAACUGGACCAGAAGUUUGAGGAGAUGGUGCAGGAGAUUGAGACCCUCAUUAUUUUCAAGACCCGUGUGGAAAGAGCCUUAGAAAGCUGCUCUGAGCCUUUCCAAGUGACUUUGCAGUGUCUGACUGAGAGACAGAAGCGGGUGGCGAUUGACCUUGUGCAUGAUGAGGUGGAAGAGGAGCUGUUGAAGGAGAAGGAGGUGAUUGAAGGAGUGAUGGUCCUGCUUCAGCGAACACUGGAGCAGAUCAAUGAGCAGAUCAGGCUCAUUCGUUCAGUGAAAUACUAUCUGGAAAAGGACCUUCAGGACAAAUUUCAGGCCGAGCACAUUGAUGAUUUCUGUGCUCUUCUCACUAAUGCGUCGCCCGGUUUAAAUGGAGGGAAUUCAGAUUUUAGCAAUGAUGGAUCUGCAGUGACUCCUGAGGAGUGGGAGAGCCUCUGCAUCUUAAACAUUAGCAAAGCCGAGAAGGAGAAGAACAACUCUCUUUCUCUGAGAGCUCUUGUGGACAGCCUGCUCGAGCAGACGGCUGCAGACAUGCGCAGACAGUACGAGGCCACGGGAAGGGCUUUUGGGCUGCGCAUAGAGGAGACCAAAACUGCCAAAGCACAGCUUGAGAACCAGCUCAAUGAGCUGCUAGCAGAGACAGCAAAUCAGGAGAAAAAUCUGGAGUCUCUUCGUGUGGCAAUUGCCGAGAAAGAAGCUCCACUCAAAGUGGCCCAGACUCGACUGUCCUCUCGCAGCCGAAGGCCCAACGUUGAGCUCUGCCAUGACACGGCUCAAAUCCGACUGCUGGAAGAGGUUAAGGAGCUCGCAAACCACAUUGAGAGGCUGACCGAGGCACAUAAACUGUCAGAGAUGGAACUGAAAGCUCUAGCAAGACGCCAAUUGAGCCUGGAGGAGGAGAUCCAGGUCAAGACCAACUCCCUGUACAUAGACGAGGUGAUCUGCCAUCAGCUACGUCAGCCUGUGGUUAUUCACAACUUCUGAACAGGGCUCAUGUAUGGCGGAAAGGCCUAGUAUAUUUAAUUGUGUUUUGGAAAAAGAUUUUCCUUUAAAUAAUUUUAUGUAAUUUUGAUGGUUUCAACACAGUUUCUUUAAUAUUUCUACUGGGAUGUUUCCUCUUCCAUUUGGUUUGGUUUGUCUGUUUGUUGCACCAUUGAAUGAGACUGUUUGAUAAAAUAUAAAAAAAAAUGCUAAAUUAAAAAAU